CCAUGUGUUCACUACUCAACCAUUGAUCAUCCUUUCAAAAAUCCAUUUAAUAUUUCUGCCAGUCUUCACUUGCUAGAAAAUUCCUGCAUGGCGAUUGGUAAAUUCAAAAUCCACCGCCCUCAUUUACAAAUCAUCAUUUGCCCAACGCAGCUCUUCUUUAGAAGCUCAAAAAAUAAUGGGAAAACACAAAGACAACCGCCUCCACCACAAACCUAUAUAACCUAUAUAAGCCAGAUCACUAGUCUUCAGGUUUUCUCCACGGUCGAACAAGCAUGGGAGAAGGCCCCAGUGACAACACGCACCGUCACUCCCUGGAAGACAAAGACGACGACGACGACGAGGAAGGCUGCGAUGCUGAGGUUUGGGAGACUCUGAGUAGGAGCUUCGACCAGGUUCAGUCGGUUUUGGAUCAAAAUCGGUUGCUAAUUCAGCAAGUUAAUGAGAAUCAGCAGUCUCGGAUUCACGACAAUCUGGUCAAGAAUGUCUCCCUGACUCGGGAGAUUAACGGCAACAUCUGUAAGGUCAUUUCUAUGUACUCCAAACUGUCUGCCGAUUUCGUUGACAUUGUCCGGCGGCGGCGGGCCGAGAACGAUGGCGACGAGAAGAAGAAGGAAGAGAGCGUGGACUUGAAUCUACCGCCAUCGCGAUGAAACGAUCAAUUUCAGUAAUUUCGUUGACGCUGAGCUUUCUUUUUUUUUGUUGUGGGAAUAAGAUUAAUUUCGGUGUUUGCUUUAGAGUGUGAGAUGAUUCAUGUUUUUGUGUUUCCAGGUUCCACUGUCCUCUGAUUGGGUACUGUUUGCAAAGACUCAAAAGCCUGUCUUAUGCGUGUAUACAUAUUUUUUUUUAUAUGAAAAAAUAAUAUCUUUUAAAAUUGUUUUAUGUUAUAAAA